AUGUCUGGCCUCCAGCAUAGCAGAUGGGCUGACGCCCCGGUCACUGCAGCAGCCGCUGGAGCGGGUGAAGACCCCAACCGCGGUGGUCGGCGUGACCGAGAUGGCAAGAAGCCCCCUACUGACCGCAUAGCUGACCAAAGGGUGCCCUGGGUUUGCAAACACGGAUGUGGUACCCAUCAUCCGGGAAAAGCUUGCCCAGUGGUUCAACUUGGUCAGCGAAUGUGGGCUGCCGUUGAGCAACUCCGGACGACCCAGAGCAAUCUCAUGGCAGAUAUUCUGUCCGCUCCCCCUUCCUCCUCUUCCGCCGCUGUCAACCCCCGCGGUUCUUCGUCUCCUGCGCGUCGACGUAAUCGUCGUCGUGGUGGUGGUGCGAUUACGCCCACUCCUGGUGGCUCUAGCAUCCGCCCUCUGCCCGCGGCCGCCGAUGGAAACAAUACUUCGGCUGGAAACCGGGUCGAGGGAGAGCUAACCAACCGGCAGAGACGUUCCCGUGCUCGGGCACAGGCCUGGCGAGCUCGGAGGGAGGAGCAGCGGCAGCAUAAUUCCGCUGAAGACACACAGAUGGACACAGAGACGGGCACGGCCGCCCCAACCGGCGAGAGUCAGCCGGACAGCAGUGCUUCUGGCGCUGUUCCCGGAACUGACGCGCUGGAUGGAGUGGAAGCAUCCGUCCGAUCUCUCCGUCUGGAUUCCGGCGGCCUCCUCAAGGACCUUCAAAAUCCCGCGGAAACUGGUACCUGUAUCGUAUCGAUCAGGCCUCCAGCGACGAGCUCGCACCUCACCGUGGUGCUGGAGUCUAGUAGCCUAUGGCGAAUAGCCUAUGGUGAAGCUAAGACGAGCUCCUUCUUAGAGUAG